UGGUCGUCACACUAGAUAGUUUCAUUUUGGUUAAUAAGUAUGGUUCCGAGCAAGUUAACAUUUGAAGCAAAUCGGGUGCAAGAGCCAUGCGGCACCGCGAUCCGCGAGCCAAUCAUGGCCCCCCUUCCGUUGCUUCUCUUCCUGACUCUCCUUCGCCUUCACCUCGCGGCCUCGGCCGUUGACCAGUUCACCUUCGACGGCUUCGCCGGCGAGAACCUCACGCUCGACGGCACGGCCGCGGUCACCGCGGAAGGCCUCCUCAUGCUGACGAACGGCACCACUCUGCUCAAGGGCCACGCCUUCUACCCUUCCCCUCUGCGGUUCCACCACGACGCGGCGAACGGCACCGUGCGGUCCUUCUCGACGGCCUACGUGUUCGGCAUCGUCAGCGAGUACGCCGACCUGAGUAGCCCCGGCUUGGCCUUCGUCGUGGCCAAGAGCAACGACUUCUCGACGGCGCUGCAGAGCCAGUACAUGGGCCUGGCCAACGCGGCCAACAACGGCAACGCCACCAACCACUUCGUCGCCGUCGAGCUGGACACCAUCGUCAACGCCGAGUUCGGGGACAUGAGCGACAACCACGUCGGCAUCAACGUGAACGGCCUCUCGUCCAUGGUCGCCGACAACGCGGGCUACUACGAGGACGGCACCGGCGCGUUCAGGAACAUGAGGCUGCUGAACCGCACGGCGGCGCAGGUGUGGGUGGACUUCGACGCGCGCACCUCGCUGGUCAACGUCACCAUGGCUCCCCUCGAGCUGCCCAAGCCCAAGAAGCCGUUGCUCUCAACCAGAGUGAACCUCUCAGAAAUCAUCGAGGGCGAAGCCUACGUUGGAUUCUCGUCAUCCACCGGAGUCGUCUCCAGCCGCCAUUACGUUCUUGCCUGGAGCUUCAAGAUGGACGGGCCAGCCCCGCAGCUGAACAUAUCGAAGCUACCAGCCUUGCCGGUGACAAUCCCCAAGCCUCCAUCGAAGACACUCAAGAUCGUGUUGCCGAUAGGGUCAGCAGCAUUCGUGUUGGCAUUGGCCAUCAUCGUCCUUAGGAUCCGUCACAGGUGGCACAAGUAUGCAGAGCUGAAAGAGGAAUGGGAGAUCACGUUCGGGCCGCACCGGUUCUCCUACAAGGAUUUGUUCCAUGCCACCAGCGGGUUCUGCGACGAGCGCCUUCUUGGCGUAGGAGGAUUCGGGAAGGUGUAUAGAGGAGUGCUUCCAGCGUCUAGGGUGGAGAUUGCAGUGAAGAAGGUAUCUCAUGAGUCGAGGCAGGGAAUGAAGGAAUUUGUUGCGGAGGUUGUCACCAUUGGCCAACUUCGGCAUCGGAACCUUGUCCAACUGCUUGGCUACUGCCGGCGUGAAGGUGAGCUCUUGCUAGUCUAUGAUUAUAUGCCAAAUGGUAGUCUCGAUAAAUUCUUGCACAGACAAAAUAGUCCUACUCUGAAUUGGAGCCAGAGGUUCCGAAUCAUCAAAGAUGUCGCCUCCAGCAUACUAUACCUCCACGAAGACUGGGAGCAAGUUGUAUUGCAUCGGGACAUCAAGGCGAGCAAUGUGCUCCUGGAUGCUGAGAUGAACGGGCGGUUAGGCGACUUUGGCCUUGCAAGGUUGUAUGACCACGGCACCGACCCACACACCACACACGUGGUUGGCACAAUGGGGUACCUAGCCCCGGAGCUCGGGCACACCGGCAGGGCAUCCAAGGCAUCCGACGUGUUCGCCUUCGGCGUGUUCAUGCUAGAGGUCACUUGCGGCCGGCGGCCGGUCAUUGAAGACGCGCACGGUGACCACCACUUGCUGGUCGAAAGGGUGCUCCAGCACUGGCGCCAAGGGACGAUCACCGAUGCCAUGGACCCGCGCCUCCAGGGCGACUUCGCCGUCGAAGAAGCGAGCCUAGUGCUGAGGUUAAGCUUGCUGUGCUCGCACCCGUUGCCCGGUGCGCGCCCGGGAAUACGGCAGAUGAUGCAGUUCCUGGAUGGUAGCAUGCUGCUCCCGGAGCUGUCGGAGGCUCACAUAUGCUUCAACAUGCAGGCUCUGAUGCGAAAUCAGGUGUUGAAUUCACACUCCGCGUCAUCGACGGUAGCUGGCAGCAUCUCCGACGUUCCUGCAGCAAGAUGAUGGGUAAACUGCGGAAGAAUCUUCAUCUCGCAUGGUGAGCUUGAAAUUUGUAUGCAACGUAGAAAAUGGCGUCUCUGUAAUUCUUUUUUUCUUUCAAGGGGAAGCUCUCUAUUUCUUUAAUUCACAAUAUAAAUUUCUUAUUUCGAGAUACUACUUCUAGGAGCUAGCGAGGUUGACUCUUUGAAUUUUUCUCGAUAAGAUGUAAAUACUGACGUCUCUGGAAACUCAUGAGUCGGAGAGAAAUUGACUGCAAACGCGGAAAGAAUUUAGAAUAGUUGGCGACUUCUAGACGUGUGAAUUUUGAUCCUAUUACGAAUUUCUAGGACAUUCGCCAGAUGUAAAAUCCUUUGAUAUUUGGGGCAUGAUUGAUUGGGACAUAGCGACAUACAAUAUGAUUUUGGAAUCUCCAUUGGGACACUGGCUACCAGCAACCACCAUUUUGGAAUCUCCAUAAAAAAAAUUAAGAACAAUCUCCAUAAAUUCGGUCCAAUAUGAUUUGCAUUGCUGAUUACAUACGGCAAGAAUGCACUGCUGGUCAACUUUCAGACUUACUGCCUGCCCUCGCCAUGAGGCUAGCAGCGUUAUGAGACUUCACAGAAGAGCACGCCGUAUAUCG